UUGCAACUACCUCUAUAGAUUGGUAUGAAUCGCGGAAUUUUCCCAAAAAUUUAUAUGCACACAUUUUCUUGUAGUAUAAUUGAGUCCAUUGACCAGUAGGCGACUUUCAAUCUCUCUUGCAUUCAUCUCUUUGAUCUCUUGCUUCCCGUCUUACAAAAAAAGAUAACAAUGGCUAUCGGAGAAGUUAAUCAACGUUCAAUUUUCUCUGUUUUGCUUGAGAAGCUAGACUCUGCUAACCCGCCGAAAUUUCUGCGUCGUGUAGGAAUCGAUGCCAAGCUGAAAGAAUGGCAUACAACUUUGUUGAGUAUCCAGGCCGUGCUUACUGAUGCUGAAAACAAGCAAACAACAAACAAAGCUGUGAAAGAGUGGCUGGACGAUCUGGAUGAUUUGGCUUAUGAUCUUGAAGACUUUGUGGAUGAGUUGAACACUGAAGUUUUGCAGCGCAAAUUAAGGAAAAAUAAAGGCAGUACCAAGAAGGUAAAAGAGAUUAGUGGCCGGUUGAAAGUUCUGGAGGAACAAAAAAAAAUACUCAGUUUGGCGGAGAAUGUGAAGGUGAGGUGUUAUAAAAGAUUGCCAACAACUUCGCUUGUGGAAGAAUUGGAAGUUUAUGGAAGAGAGAAGGAUAAAGAGGAAAUACUCAAAGUCGUAUUUGGUGUUGAAUCAAAUGAUAGUCAAAUAUCUGUGAUUCCAAUUGUAGGCAUGGGAGGUGUCGGCAAAACAACUCUGGUCCAACUUGUGUAUAAUGAUGAAAGAUUGAAGGAAAAGUUUGAUCUGAAGGCAUGGGCUUGCGUUUCUGAUGAAUUUGAUGCUGUAAGAGUAACGAAAAACAUUCUUGAGUCAGUUUCUUCUGGUGGAAAGUGUGAUUAUGAAUUUUUUGACACGCUUCAGAAAAAACUAAAGGAGAGCCUUUCAAACAAGAAAUUUCUGGUGGUUUUAGAUGAUAUAUGGAUUGAAAAUUAUGGAGUUUGGGACAUCCUACGCCGUCCUUUUCUUGCUGGAAAACCUGGAAGCACAAUCAUCAUUACCACUCGACAAGAAAGGGUCGCCAAAAUCACGUCUGGAAUUCCGGCAUACCAUCUGAAUAUGUUAUCAGAGGGCGAUGCUUUAUCAUUGUUAGCUCAACAUGCAUUUGGAGCCAAAACUUUUGACCGACAUCCAGAUUUAAUAGAGAUUGGUAAGUCUAUGGUAAGAAGAUGUAAGAUGUUGCCCCUGGCAGUGAAAGCCCUUGGAGGGAUUCUUCGCGUGGCAGAUGGUCCUGAAGAUUGGGAAGAGGUGUUGAAAAGUGAGAUCUGGAUGGAUGAAGAAAAGAGUGAAAUUCUUCCUGCUCUAAAACUGAGUUAUCACUAUCUUCCUCCACAGUUGAAAAGAUUGCUAACAACUUCGCUUGUGGAAGAAUUGGAAGUUUAUGGAAGAGAGAAGGAUAAAGAGGAAAUACUCAAAGUCGUAUUUGGUGUUGAAUCAAAUGAUAGUCAAAUAUCUGUGAUUCCAAUUGUAGGCAUGGGAGGUGUCGGCAAAACAACUCUGGUCCAACUUGUGUAUAAUGAUGAAAGAUUGAAGGAAAAGUUUGAUCUGAAGGCAUGGGCUUGCGUUUCUGAUGAAUUUGAUGCUGUAAGAGUAACGAAAAACAUUCUUGAGUCAGUUUCUUCUGGUGGAAAGUGUGAUUAUGAAUUUUUUGACACGCUUCAGAAAAAACUAAAGGAGAGCCUUUCAAACAAGAAAUUUCUGGUGGUUUUAGAUGAUAUAUGGAUUGAAAAUUAUGGAGUUUGGGACAUCCUACGCCGUCCUUUUCUUGCUGGAAAACCUGGAAGCACAAUCAUCAUUACCACUCGACAAGAAAGGGUCGCCAAAAUCACGUCUGGAAUUCCGGCAUACCAUCUGAAUAUGUUAUCAGAGGGCGAUGCUUUAUCAUUGUUAGCUCAACAUGCAUUUGGAGCCAAAACUUUUGACCGACAUCCAGAUUUAAUAGAGAUUGGUAAGUCUAUGGUAAGAAGAUGUAAGAUGUUGCCCCUGGCAGUGAAAGCCCUUGGAGGGAUUCUUCGCGUGGCAGAUGGUCCUGAAGAUUGGGAAGAGGUGUUGAAAAGUGAGAUCUGGAUGGAUGAAGAAAAGAGUGAAAUUCUUCCUGCUCUAAAACUGAGUUAUCACUAUCUUCCUCCACAAUUGAAAAGAUGCUUUGCUUACUGUGCGCUCUUUCCCAAGGACCAUGAGUUUGAAAAGUUCAAUCUAGUUUACCUUUGGAUGGCUGAAGGUCUUGUGCAGGAAUCAAACGAAGAUAUGUUAAUUGAAGAAGUAGGCAGUCAAUAUUUUGAUGAACUGAUGGCUAGACCGUUCUUCCAACAAUCAAGUGACAAUACUUCACGCUUUGUGAUGCACGACCUCUUUAACGAUCUAGCUAUGUCUGUUGCUGGUGGUAAAUGUUUGAGGAUGGAUGAUGCAAUGGAGAAAAAUCUUCCUGGUAAGGUUUCUGCUAGGGUCCGUCACUUGUCAUUCAAGCGCAAACAGUAUGAAACUUACCCUAGAUUUAACUUUCUCGACAAAGUUCAAAAAUUGAGAACUUUUUUGCCACUACCUGUUGAUGCGUAUUCAAAUUACUUAUCCCAAAGAAUUUUGCUUCACCUAUUACCAUAUUUGUACCGCUUAAGAGUGCUAUCCUUGAAUGGUUAUUCAAUUUAUGAGUUGCCAGAUUCUAUUGGUGAUUUACAACAUCUACGAUACCUAGGCCUAGCUCAAACUUUACUGAAGUGGUUGCCUAAAUCUGUGUGCACUCUUAUCAACUUACAAGUGUUGAUUAUAAGAGGUUGUUGGAAUCUUACCAAAUUACCGAUGAGCAUGGAAAAUCUUGUUAAUCUUCGGCAUCUGGACAUUGCAGAUACUCCUAAAUUGCAUGAAAUGCCUCAUGGAAUUGCUCAACUAACCAGUUUGCGAACAUUAACUAAGAUGACUGCAAGUAAAAAUAAAGGAAUGGGGUUAAAGGACUUGGGCAAUCUAUCAUUUCUACAAGGUGAAAUUUCUAUUGAGGAAUUGCAAAAUGUUGUGAAUGUUCAAGAAGCAAUGGAUGCGAGGCUAAUGGAAAAGCCAAGCCUUAACAAAAUAAGGUUGCAAUGGAAUGAAGUCUUUGAUGAUUCCCGGAAUAAAUUUUUUGAAUUGGAUGUGCUUAAUGCAUUAAAGCCCCAUGAAAACUUAUCAACACUUGAAAUUAAGUAUUUCGGGGGCGAGAAUUUCUCUAAUUGGAUUGGAGAUUCAGCAUUCCAUAAGUUAGCAAAGAUAAGCUUCGAAUUUUGUGAAAAUUGCACAACUUUGCCACCAUUAGGGCAACUACCUUUGCUAAGAGACUUGAGCCUUCGAGGCAUUGGUCAAGUAAAAGUGAUUGGAGCUGAAUUUUAUGGAAAAAGAAGCCAUGGAGAAUUACCUUUUCCAUCGCUCAUUAGUCUGACUUUUGAGGACAUGUGUAACUGGGAGGAAUGGCAUGGAAUAGAAGGUGUUAUCGAACUUCCUCGGCUACGCAAGUUGAAGAUAAGUUGUUGUUCAAAAUUGGCAAGGCUUCCAAAUCUCUUACUGCCUUCCCUUGGUGAAUUAGAAGCUACAGAGUGUAAUGAGGUAGUCCUAAAUCAUUUGCAGAAUUUGGAAUCUUUAACUCAAAUACGAUUGACUAGAAUUUUUGGAUUAACUUCAGUUAUCAAUGCAUUUCUACAGUUUCCUUUUAAACUUGAAAGUUUUGAAGUUAUUGGAUGUGACGACCUUGUGACUCUAUUUCCAAGUGAUAGUACUGCACGAAACCUAGUCAAUCUAAGAAAAGUGGUUGUUGAAAGUUGUCCUUCGCUAUUGUCCCUUCAAGAAAUUGAUGCUCUUCCUGAUCUUAGGACACUUACGGUAGAACAAUGCGGAGAUCUAGAGUUGUUGCCUACUACAAUAUCUUGUCUUGAGGAGUUAUUUAUCAGAGAGUGUCCAUCUUUAGAGACAAUGAUGAAACUACAAGAUUGCAGCACCUCACUCACAUCUGUUUUUGUUAAGCAUUGGGUGAAUUUGAAUUUAACAAAUUUACUAGGCUCCAGCCACAAUUACGAAAGUCUCACUGAACUAUACAUAUGGUCUUGUGAUGGUCUAGAGUGUUUUCCCCAUGGAGGCUUUCCCACGCCAAAUUUAAAAAUACUAAAUUUAAGAGGUUGUCGACGUCUCAAGUCCUUACCUGAUAGGAUGGAACUACUUUGGUCCCUUUUGUAUCUGGAGGUGAAUGAUUGUUCCUCAUUGAUGGAAAUCUUUCCCCAAGAUAAUAUUCCCCCAAAUCUGUCUCACCUUGAUAUCAAAUAUUGCGGGAAGAAACUAAAGCCCCUGGGGGAGUGGAACCUACAAAAACUCACCUUUCUUAAAAACUUCUGUUUUGGUGGAUGUCCAGAGCUGGUUUCCUUCACUAACAAUGCUGACGAAGAACACUGUGUUCUGCCUCCAUCUCUAAUUCAGUUGGAGUUGGUUGACCUGCCGAAUCUGAAAAUCCUAUCAAAGGGCUUCCAAAACCUCACCUCUCUCCAACAAUUACACAUCUACAGAUGCCCGAAGCUUGUGGCGUUGCCUUUGGAAGACCAGCUUCAAAAGCUUUCGAGCCUUUGGAUUCGAGACUGCCCACUUCUUAAGAAACGGUGUUUGAGGAACAAAGGAAAAUACUGGCCCAUCAUUGCUGACAUUCCCGACGUCGAAAUUGAUUUUUAUUCCAUCCAUGAUUCAUUUCCAUGAAUUCAAUUACGCAAGGCAUUUUCUGAUUACUUGUAAGAACGCGAGAUGGAAUGAAGGUGCCUCUUCUAUUAGAUCUUAAAGCUUACUGUGAGGAAGGCCAAGAAGGAAAAGAAAGUGAAGGAUCCACACAAGCCAAGGACGCCUCCCUAGUGCUUUUUUGUUUUCAUGGAAGGGUUUAGGAAAUAGUACAAGGAAAAAUAUCCAAACAACAAAUCAAUUGUUGUUUUCCUUUUGGGAAUAAAUAAUAAUAUAUAUUGGAAAAGCUAGAGGAGAUAAGUGAAGUUCAUGAGUGAUGAGGCUUGAGGUGCUGAUGAUGAGUCUGACAAGUCAAAGUCUGAGAUUAAUGGUGAUGAGGACGAUGAGAGCAGUGGAGACGAGGAAGACAAUGAGUAAGCACUAUCACAUAAAACUGGAUUUUGGAUUCAAGGUCUAGGCUUAGAGUUCGAUUAGAGACUCGUAGCUCAGUUAUCUACUAGGUCGAGAAAAUUGUUGAUCAGGUCAAUCGCUCUAAGCUUGUGGUUGACUACUUCCGUGGCCCAUUUUGUUUAUAUUUCGUUGCAAGCUCCAAUUCAUACAUAGUUUCUGUUAUUGCAGGAGUUAAGAGGAAGAGGACAAACCAAACGAUCAAGGAUUUAGCAAUGCAUUUUUGAAGUGAAAUCCAGGAAACUAUAUUCGUUAAGUGAAGCCAGCAUUCUACUAAAGCGAACAAAAAGAUUAUGACGAUUGAGGAUGAUCAAAGUCACAUUUCACUUAUUAUCCUUCCUUCCCAUCUCUUUUUGAGUAAUGAUCAUUUUUAGUAUCUUGUGGCUGCCCAACAUUUCAAACAUUCCAAAAACAUUGUAGAUGUAAAUUCUACAUUAUGCGAGGAAUUUCCCUUUUCUUUUCUUUCCUUUUCGAAAUGGAGAAUCAAGUAAGCUGUCAUUUCCAUUU